AUGGUGGGAGGCUUAAGGAUAUUCACGGACAGAGUCGGCGACGGCGCCGGGCAACCAGUCCUCGACGUCAACAACGGCGAGGGACUUAUGCACGUACAGCCAGGCGUAUCCAUCGUCCUCGGCAACCGUGCCUCUGAGUCCCCCGGCACACUCUACAUCUCCACCAAGCAAGUGGUGUGGUUGAGUGACACGGAUAGAACGAAGGGUUAUGCGGUUGAUUUCUUGUCAGUGUCGCUUCAUGCGGUUUCGAGGGAUCCGGAGGCUUACACAUCUCCUUGCAUAUAUACCCAGAUUGAGACUGGAUCUGAAGACAAUGAGUCAGAGGGCUCAGAUUCAGAAUGUAAUGGGACACUUGAUUUAUCAAAGAUCAAUGAGAUGAGGCUGGUGCCAUCAGAUCCUAAUCUAUUGGAUACUCUGUUCGAGAUAUUUUGUGAAUGUGCUGAGCUAAAUCCUGAACCUAUUGAAGAGGAAGAGGAAGUGCACAAUUGGAUUUUUAGUGCUGAUCAGAUGGAAGAUCAGACCUUAGAGGGGGAAGACUCUGGAUGGGACACUUCUCUAAAUCCUACCAACUCAAUUGGUUUUUCUAAUGGGGAUCAUGACUUAACUCGUACAGUACUUGAGCUUCAAAUUGAUGAUCAACGGUUUGAGGACGCAGAAGAGAUGGAGAGUGAUAGUAACAGUACUCAUCAGUGA